AUGCCUCUCAAAAAGACCACCAAACCCACAACAACCGAGGGGCUCAUCCACGGCUUCGACCAAGCACGACUGGACCGCCUAACUGCCUCCAUGCAGCCCCUCCUGACAAGAAAUGCCACGGAAGAGGAACUCGAGGCUUUGCUGAAGGAGGCUGAGGAUUGUUUGAAGGUCACCACGGGCGGGAAAACUAAGAGGUUCCAGGGGUGGUGGACAAGGAACACCAAGACCACGAAGACGGUGAAGACGGUAGACAUUACAAGGGUUGAGGAUGUAUAG